UACUUCACGUUCACUGCAGCGACUCUGAGGUGUGUUUUAGCCGGGGAACAAUGUCCAGAAGAAUUACUACACUUCUCCUCCUCGCGUUCAUGUUUACAUCGACUUCUUUUCGUGACGGACAGACAAACAUCAAAGCUGAACCUGGACAUGACGUCUCUCUGCCAUGUAGAGCUGGACAUGAUGGAGACAUUGAUGCUGUGGAGUGGACCAGACCUGAUCUGGAUUCGCCUAAAUAUGUUCUGUUGUUCAGGAACGAGCAACUUGAUCCAGAAAACCAGCAUCCAUCUUUCCAGAACCGUGUGGAUCUUCAGGACGGACAGAUGAAGGAUGGAGACGUGUCUCUGAUUCUGAAGAAGGUGACAGCUAAUGAUACAGGAACAUAUGAAUGUAGAGUCUCCCAGAAAGGAAGAACCCGCAGGAAGAGAGCUAAUCUGAGCUCUGAUCCAAUCAGCAUCAUCUACCUGGAAGUUGUUAAACCAGAGAACCCUGCAGAGACCUCUGAGCUUUGGAAGUUGUUGCUGCUGGUUGGAUGUGUUUUAGUCUCCAUUGUUUUCAUCCUCUGUAUUUGUCUCUACCGACGGAGGUCCAAGCCAGACCCUGAUACUCUUUAAAGGACCGACCUGGAUCCAGAGGCUGAGACAAGGAGGUGGGGGGUGGGGGGGGGGGUCCUCUGAGCUCCAAUCUGACGGCCGUUUUGUGUGUUUCGCCGCCAUUUUUGCAGCAGCAACCUGGUAUCUGCUGCUGUCUGCAAAGACAGACACAGACUAGAUAUCUGGACUGGUGACGGUAGGCAGGGCCCACAGUUACUGAUGGAGGUUUUUAUCUGGCAGAUUUACGACAAUAACCAGAAGAGAGAAAAUAGAAACAAGAAAAAAAGUCCUCCCCAUCCCAGUAAUACGUUACUGUACUAACCAGAUGGUUUAGUAGUAGUCAGUCCCUGCAGACCAGUGAUCCUGAUAAAUCCCAUUUAUCGUUGUAAACCUAGAAGCAAUGUGGGACAGUUAUGAGCGACUCUGCAUCACCUGCCUGCACACGGUGGUAACCAGGGGUUACGCCGGUUUCACAGCUGCCUUCUGGAAACUAGAAUAGAAUGAAUAUGAACCGCGGGGAGAAUAAAGUUCCCAGCAUGUCUGAUCAGGUCCAUCAGGCCUCAUCCGAAGUGUAGAGCAGAAUCUCUCCGUGUCUCAGCCCAGCAUGAAGUACAACUUCAUUCAGAUUUAGUAAAUCCCACUUCUCUGAUCUGCAGUUUCCUCAUUCAAAGACAAAACAUGCAUACGUUUCACGUUUCAUGUUCGAAUAAUAAAACGUGUUUCAUGCUUUUACAAUAAUCUGUGAGGUGGAAGUCUGAAUGGUUUUUGUUUGUGCUGCAGGUCUACGCUUCGUAACUUUUCACGUUCUCUCCCAGAUUAGUCAUUUCCUCUCAGCAGCAGGCAGCGCCUCGUCUGCUAGCCCGUUAGCAAUAACUAGCAUAAUAAACACGACUUAUUAAACUUGAAACACAGAAUCUAAUGCUGGACUGACAACGUUUCACUGAAACCUGUCGUGCUGUUGUUGCUGGGAAUAAAAUCCUGUAUAUUAUUAUUGUUCUGUAGGACGUCCCGGUCUGCUGCUAACCCAGGAAAACUCUGUAAAACCAGAGGUCUCAGACAGGAGAAUUCUUCCUGAAGUAGUCCGUCCACCACUGAAGUUUUCCACUGCUGUUAGAACAACCGAGAACCGUGCACGUCCUCCCGGGUUCCUCAACAUCAUUAAGAAAGAAGCAGUGGUGUUAAGAAAAUGAUGGAUUCUCUUCAGUUACUUCUAACAGGCACAAUGAGCCACCGCAGACAUGGUGGACGCUCUACUUCCGGUGUUUGCUCGGAUUAGUCUGAAGGAUUGUUUCGUAUAAUGUGACUGCAGAAACACCCCAAACAGAAAGAUGCUAAAUACUCUGCAGGUGGGCAGUCGGGCUCCAGGGGUCUUUAUUUGUUGGGCUGGAAAGGGAAUCAGAAAAAAGGCUGGUUGAUAAAGUAAACGUUCCUGGUCAGGCGGAGCUAAACUCACUCAGCUUAUUUAAGAUAAAAGGACUUAAAAUAAGAAAUGUGGUGUCCUGAACAGAUCUCCAUCAUGUGGGGCUUCCAUGAACCAAACGUCUUUUAGUUUUUAUGGAUGAAAUAAAUUUUUAAACGAUGUUGACUUGUCUGAGU